UAGGUGCUGUUGUUCCAUGACCAGACCUACGGGAUACACUAUGAGUACACAGUGUCUCUGAACGUAACUCUGUCUCCCCUAGGUGCUGUUGUUCCAUGACCAGACCUACGGGAUACAUUAUGAGUACACAGUGUCUCUGAACGUAACUCCGUCUCCCCUAGGUGCUGUUGUUCCAUGACCAGACCUACGGGAUACACUAUAAGUACACAGUGUCUCUGAACGUAACUCCGUCUCCCCUAGGUGCUGUUGUUCCAUGACCAGACCUACGGGAUACACUAUGAGUACACAGUGUCUCUGAACGUAACUGAACGUGAUGAUGUCAGUGAGGAGCAGAGAGCACCAGAGCACCUCUACCUUUGGACACACAGCUCCUGGCAAGACUGCAAUGUACAGUGUGGAGGAGGAGAGAGGAGGACAGUGGUGUCCUGUAUGAGGCUGGUCAAUAAGAGCAUGACUCUGGUGAAUGACAGCCUCUGCCAACCAGAGAACAGGCCAUUACCCCAAGUACGACGCUGCAACUCACACCCCUGUCAGUACAGGUGGGUGACAGGGGAGUGGGGCCAGUGCUCGGUGACGUGUGGGAAGGGUCUCCAGCUGCGUGAGGUGGGCUGUGUGUACCAGCUGCAGAACGGAUCCCUUAUCCACACACGGGACUUGUACUGCCAGGGGGGCAAACCCCCCGCCCUGCAGGGCUGCGAGGGACGCCACUGCCUCACUGCCUGGGAGGCCUCUGAGUGGUCCAAGUGUUCUUCAGACUGUGGAAGUGGGGUCCGUCGGAGGAUAGUGAGGUGCACCAACCCCCAGGGGAGCUGUGACCCCCUCUCUCAGCCUGCUGACCAGGAGCCCUGUGAGGACCACUCCAAAUGUUACGAGUGGAAGACUGGGGACUGGUCCAAGGUAUGGGCCAUACACACACAUAAAUGACACACACACACACUCUCUUUUUAAUCAAAUAUCUAUUUACAGAGAUGGAGAGGACUCUCACCCCAGAUGCCCCCUUCCAAUUGAUUAAUCCCUCCCUGUGACACAGCGGUGUAGGUGAUGCCAACAUGGUGCCAACGCUGUGCCAGUCCUGAUGUGGGCAUCUUGACAGAUAGCCCGACUGCACCUGCAUCACUGUCUGCCUGCAUUCUAAAUGG